UAGUGGAAAAUGGAGAAAAGGAAAGAGAGUAGAAAAAAGGAUAUUUGUAUACUGGAGGGAGUUCCGAUUUUCUCAAAAGUCCUUAAAAACGAAUUAUCCAUUUUAUUUUUCUAUUAUACUCCGUAGUUUCUUGUCUUGUUGUCUAUAAUCAGUCGAAAAACAUCUUCCUUGUUGUGUUUGUGUGUCUUUAUCUGUAUCUUUGUCCUCCGCGCUCUCUCUCUACCUCUUAAUUACUCUGUUAAAUUGCUUUGUGUCACACCAUCUACAGUGACCCAACUACUCUCUCAAGAGCCAAACCUUCAAAUUAGUCACUCUUUCAUUCUUGCCUGCGCCGGAGAAUUUCUACCAUUUUGUUUUUCUCAUUUUCUUGAGGCUGCACCAGAUAUAUCAUAUAUACUAUCAGUCUAUCACUAAACAGCAUAUGGUACAAUAUCGGAAACCAUUAUUAAUCCAAACCAAAGUUUCGACAGCUUUUCUAAGUGAAAAUAUGCUGGUAUUGACAUGGUAAUAACCACUUUAGAGGUGGUAUCAGGCUAUAUUUCUCAAACUCGAGUGCUCAUGUUUGACACGCUACAUGUCCAAGUGUCUGACUCGACUACUUUGUGAAAACCUUCCAUUAAUUUGGCCUAAAAUGAAGUGUCGAAGUGUCAUACCGACUUUCGAUUGUCGAAGAUCCAACACGGGUACUUGAGGUUAAAUAAAGAAGUCCGAGUAAUAUAGGUGUCGAUGUCGACUAUUGAGUAGUAAUGGAAAAUUUUGAAGAAAAAGACGUGUCUGGGGAUGGUGUUCCUUUUGAUCUUGGCAUGUGACUUUCUUUACAAAAUUACGUAUAAGAACAUUAUAAUCUCUACCACUUUUUGUACCCCCUACCAAUCCGGCAGUUAAUGUAGUGGAGAAUUGAUGUUUGUGAUUUUUAAAAAUGGGGUUUCUUUUUGACAGUAAAAACAAUAACCAGCCAGCUGAAACUGGAUAAUGAGUGCCGCUAAAGUCAAGCGUGUGGUUGGGAAAUAUGAGUUGGGGAGGACAAUUGGGGAAGGAACAUUCGCCAAAGUGAGAUUUGCAAGAGACUCUCAAACAGGGGAUCCAGUGGCUAUUAAAGUUCUUGACAAAGAGAAAGUUCUGAAGAACAAGAUGGCUGAACAGAUAAGGCGGGAAAUAGCAACGAUGAAACGAAUAAAGCAUCCACAUGUAGUUCGCUUGUAUGAGGUGAUGGGGAGCAAGACCAAGAUAUACAUUGUUUUGGAAUAUGUGACAGGAGGGGAGCUUUUUGACAGGAUUGUGCACCAUGGCAGAAUGAUGGAAGACGAAGCAAGGAAGUAUUUUCAGCAGCUAAUAAAUGCUGUUGAUUAUUGUCACAGCAGGGGUGUUUACCAUAGAGAUCUGAAGCCUGAAAAUUUGUUGUUAGAUGUGGGUGGGAAUCUUAAAGUUUCCGACUUCGGGUUGAGUGCAAUCUCUCAGCAACAAGUCCAGGGAGAUGGACUUCUUCAUACAACUUGUGGAACUCCGAAUUACGUUGCUCCAGAGGUCCUUAAUGAUAGAGGGUAUGAUGGGGCAACAGCGGAUGUGUGGUCGUGUGGUGUUAUCUUAUUUGUAUUGCUCGCAGGUUACUUGCCUUUUGAUGAUUCUAAUCUUAUAAACCUAUACAGAAAAAUCUCAGUGGCUGAAUUUACCUGCCCCCCUUGGAUGUCCUUCAGCAUGAAGAAAUUUAUUACGCGUAUCUUAGAUCCAAAUCCUAUGACACGCAUAACAAUCCCUGAAAUUCUGGAAGAUGAGUGGUUCAAAAGAGAUUAUAAACGUCCUGUUUUUGAUGAUGAAGAUGAGACGAGUUUGGAUGAUGUAGAUGCAGUUUUCCAGGACUCGGAAGAACAUCAUGUGACCGAGAAGAGAGAACAUCCAACAGCUAUGAAUGCAUUUGACUUGAUAAAUAUGUCAAAAGGGCUUAACCUUGGAAGUCUUUUUGACACAGAUCAGGUUUUUAAAAGAGAAACAAGAUUCACAUCUAAAUGCUCUGCAAAUGAAAUAAUUAAAAAGAUUGAAGAAGCUGCAAAACCCCUCGGUUAUGAUGUGCACAAGAAAAAUUACAAGAUGAGGCUUGAGAAUGUGAAAGCUGGCCGGAAGGGAAACCUCAAUGUCGCGACAGAGGUACUGCAAGUCGCCCCUUCUCUUCAUCUAGUCGAGAUUAGAAAAGCCAAGGGAGAUACUCUAGAAUUUCACAAGUUCUAUAAAAAACUUUCAAGUUCACUAGAGGAUGUAGUUUGGAAAACGGAAGAAGACAUGCAAAAAUCAGAUGAGAAGUGAAUGCUAUAAGGUCACUAUCUGUUGAUGCCUUUGUAAUUCUCACUUGCACUGCUUGUACUCCCUUCUUUUGUGUUGAUAGUUUCUUGCAGUUUAGCAUGGUUGAUCUCGACAAUCUUUUGUUUAUUGUAUCAGGAAAUAGUCAUUUUAACCCUUGUGCAGUUUGUAGCACUCAUACUUCAUAUAUACGUGUAAUAGUGUAUCGUUGUAACAGACAAGCUAAAAAACAAUUUUUUUAGUGUACGGACUGUAAGUGUA